UUGUCCAACUUUGCCGCUGCCCGGCGGCGGGGUGAGCGGGAGCGGCCCCGGGAGGCUGCCCGGGGUCUUGCAGGGGGAGCCCGUCCUCAGCGGGAGCCCGAGCCAGCCACUCCUUUUGUACAGUGACACCGUGCUUUGGCUUGGGAAGGCACAACGCAUCGGACUUGGGCCUUGGAGCUCCCACCAGGUGUGGGGUGUGAUUUUCGGAGAUGGUAGAGUCCCCUGAGGAGCUGCAUGGAUCCUAACACUGCAUUCAAGGGGAGGAGGCAAGUGGCAGGAAUGGGUUGGCUGUGGAUGGUUUGUCUCUUUCACCUGGCCGCCUCUUUGGAAGAAAUCCUUCUAGAUACCACAGGAGAGACCUCGGAGAUUGGCUGGACCACCCACCCUGCUGAUGGGUGGGAUGAGGUGAGUGUCCUGGAUGACAAGAAGCGUCUGAUCCGGACCUUUGAGGUCUGCAAUGUGGCUGAGCCUGGACAGAAUAACUGGCUACGCACUCACUUCAUUGAGCGGCGUGGAGCCCAUCGGGUCCAUGUCCGCCUUCGCUUUUCCGUGCGGGACUGUGCCAGUAUGCGGACUGUGGCCUCCUCUUGUAAGGAGACAUUCACUCUGUACUACCACCAGGCAGAGGCUGACACAGCCACCCAGGCACUACCCGAGUGGCGUGAAGGGCCCUGGACCAAGGUGGACACAAUUGCAGCUGAUGAGAGCUUCUCACAGGUGGACAGCACGGGAAAGGUGGUGAAGAUGAAUGUCAAAGUGCGCAGCUUUGGGCCACUUGCACAGCGUGGCUUCUACCUGGCGUUCCAGGACUCAGGGGCCUGCAUGUCACUGGUAGCUGUCCAAGUCUUCUUCUACAAGUGCCCGGCGGUGGUUAAGGGGUUUGCUUCUUUCCCCGAAACCUUUGCUGGCGGGGAGAGGACCUCGCUGGUGGAGGCGCCGGGGACAUGUGUGGCUGAUGCAGAGGAGGCGAGCACAGCUGGGUCCUCGGGUGUCAAGCUGCACUGCAAUGGGGAGGGUGAGUGGAUGGUGGCCAUCGGGAGGUGCACCUGCAAGGCUGGCUACCAACCUGCCGACGAUGAGCGAGCCUGCCAAGCAUGUCCCAUCGGUUCCUUUAAAGGGUCUGUUGGAGAUGCCCCCUGCCGUCCCUGCCCUGCCCACAGCCACACUCCAGUGGUUGGAUCCAGUGAGUGUGCCUGCCAGAACCGAUACUACCGCUCCACAUCAGACACCUUGGAUGCCCCCUGCACUGGCAUUCCCUCUGCCCCCCGGGAUCUGAGCUAUGAGAUCAUCGGCUCCAAUGUGCUCCUGACUUGGCGCCUUCCCAAGGACCUGGGUGGCCGCAAGGAUGUCUUCUUCAAUGUCAUUUGCAAGGUGUGCCCGCCGGGUUCCCCAGGGCCCUGCGUGCGCUGUGGGGACAGUGUCCAGUUUGAGCCACGUCAGGUGGGGCUGACAGAGAGCCGUGUGCAAGUCUCCAACCUCCUGGCUCGUGUGCAGUACACGUUUGAGAUCCAGGCUGUCAACCUUGUGACAGAGCUCAGCUCUGAGGCUCCCCAGUAUGCAACCAUCAAUGUCAGCACCAGCCAAUCAGUCCCCUCUGCAGUUCCUAUGAUGCAUCAGGUGAGCCGCACCACCAGCAGCAUCACACUUUCCUGGCCACAGCCCGACCAGCCCAAUGGGAUCAUCCUGGACUAUCAGCUGCGCUAUUUUGACAAGGCAGAAGAUGAAGAUAACUCCUUCACUUUGACCAGUGAGACCAACAUGGCAACCAUCUCAAACCUGAGCCCAGGCAAAAUCUAUGCCUUCCAGGUGCGAGCUAAGACGUCUGUGGGUUAUGGGCCAUACAGUGGCAAGAUGUAUUUCCAAACCCUCAUAGGAGGGGAGCGCUCAGAGAUGGUUCAGGACCGACUGCCGCUGAUCGUGGGCUCUGCACUUGGUGGGCUAGCCUUCUUGGUAAUUGCUGCCAUUGCCAUCCUUGCCAUCAUCUUCAAGAGUAAGAGGCGAGAGACCCCAUACACAGACCGCUUGCAGCAGUACAUCAGUACACGAGGACUUGGUGUGAAGUAUUACAUUGAUCCCUCCACCUAUGAAGACCCCAAUGAGGCAAUUCGGGAGUUUGCCAAGGAGAUUGAUGUUUCCUUCAUCAAGAUUGAGGAAGUCAUUGGAUCAGGAGAGUUCGGGGAGGUAUGCUUUGGGCGCCUGAAGCCUCCAGGGAAGCGAGAAUACACUGUAGCGAUCAAAACCCUGAAGUCUGGUUACACGGAUGAACAGCGGCGGGAGUUCCUGAGUGAAGCCAGCAUCAUGGGACAGUUUGAGCACCCUAAUGUCAUCCGCCUGGAAGGUGUGGUCACCAAGAGCCGGCCCGUCAUGAUUGUGACCGAGUUCAUGGAGAAUGGAUCGCUGGAUUCUUUCCUCAGGCAAAAGGAAGGCCAGUUCAGUGUACUACAGCUGGUGGGAAUGCUGCGCGGGAUUGCAGCUGGCAUGCGUUACCUCUCCGACAUGAACUAUGUGCAUCGCGAUCUGGCUGCCCGCAACAUCCUGGUCAACAGCAACCUGGUGUGCAAGGUGUCAGACUUUGGUUUGUCCCGCUUCUUGGAAGAUGAUGCCUCAAAUCCCACUUAUACUGGAGCCCUGGGUGGCAAGAUCCCCAUUCGCUGGACUGCCCCUGAAGCCAUCCAGUACCGGAAGUUCACAUCCUCCAGUGAUGUGUGGAGCUACGGCAUCGUCAUGUGGGAAGUGAUGUCCUAUGGCGAGAGGCCAUACUGGGACAUGUCCAACCAGGAUGUAAUUAAUGCCAUUGACCAGGAUUAUCGCCUACCACCACCUCCUGACUGCCCCACUGUCUUGCACUUGCUCAUGCUUGACUGCUGGCAAAAGGAGCGAAUCCAGAGGCCCAAAUUUGAGCAGAUAGUCAGUGCUCUGGACAAGACGAUCCGCAAGCCCUCUGCUCUCAAAGCCACUGGCACAGGGAGCAGCAGGCCAUCCCAGCCCCUGCUGAGCAACUCACCCCCAGACUUCCCUUCACUCACCAGUGCCCAUGAAUGGCUGGACGCCAUCAAGAUGGGCCGCUACAAGGAGAAUUUUGACCAGGCUGGUCUGACCACAUUUGACAUCAUCUCACGCAUGACACUAGAGGAUAUCCAGCGGAUUGGGAUCACCCUUGUGGGUCACCAGAAGAAGAUUCUAAACAGCAUCCAGCUCAUGCGAGUUCACCUGAACCAACUUGAACCAGUUGAGGUGUAACAUGUACAUUGUUUCCUCAACCACCUCAGGUUCCAGGAAGAGGCUGGUGGUUGAGAGUGGAGCACACUACAAAUGGGAGGAGGAGGCAGCAAGGUGAUCUCUGAAGACUGCUUGCUGUGAGAGAGUGGGUCACGAGCAUCCACUCCACCAGACAAAAGCAAACCUUUGCAGAAAGCUAACUGUGGUGCUACAGAACUAAAGAACUGAUGGCAUUUAGAUGUGGGUGACACUGUACAAAGGGAGAGGGUUGGGGGGAGGGGGAGUUACUAUAACAUGGGGAGAAGCUGGAAAAUACCUUGGAUGGAUGAGACAUUCCUACCGAUUCUCUGCCAGGUGAUGUGGACAAAAGGUCCCAGAGCCUCCAGCGGACUGUACCUACGAGUGGAGCCCUUUGAAGCUCCAUUGAAUAAAGGCAACAGAAAGGCGUGCGUUCUUUUUUCCAAAAGA